AUGGCGAUGAGUGCGAAGGAAGAGGCUUGCAUCGUAGACGAGGACAAUCAUGUGAUUGGCAAGGCCGACCGUGCUGUCAUGCGCAUGUUUAACCUUCCACACCGCGCGUCCUACAUUGUCAUCAAGAACUCGAGUGGCAAAUACUAUGUGCAGCGUCGCACGAUAAGUAAGGACUAUUGCCCGGGAAUGCUGGACCCAAUAACUGGCGGGGUCGUACAAUAUGGCGAGCCAAUGGAUGUGAGUGCUGCGCGCGAAGCUGAAGAGGAGAUGGGUAUCAACAAUACACCGUUGCGUUACUUGACGACAUUCUACUAUGGAGAUAAUCACAGUCGUGUGUGGGGCGGACUCUUUGACUGCACGUUUGAUGGCCCCUUGGUACUUCAGAAAGAUGAAGUUGACGAAGUUCUCACGAUGACAGCGGAUGAGAUUCUUGCACGACGCAAGGAAUUUACACCUGAUGGCAUGUUUGCCUUUGACAAGUACCUGGAAAUUAUUGAAGCAGGUGAAGCAAGUGGCCAUACGUAA